AUGAUGAUGGAGUCCAGUAUCAACAGCGCAACAAUCUUACCACCCUACGAAGAAUUUGAACCAGUUGAUAAUCUUCAUUGGUCUCCAGAAACAGCAAACAGCAUUUAUUUGUUUUGGAUACACCAGCUUCAAGUAUCGAGUGAUAAAGUUUUAAUUCGCCAGACAAAGAAAAAUAUUUUUUCUACUGCCUAUAAUCCAAAACCUUAUACAGUUAUUGCAGUGAAAGGUAGUAUGAUCAUGGCUAAGAGACACGAACAUUGUAUUACUCGUAAUAGUUCAUAUUUCAAAAUAAUUCCGAACAAUGUUUCUAUUUCUUAUGAAGAAGGUAUAGAAUUCAAUAAUGAUAAUCCUAAUCCGAUGAUACACCCUCCUGAUAAUCUACCUGAACCACAAAUAGCUCAAAGUAGAUUUGUUGGUCCUGUAAAGGUUGAAAUAUUGAAGGGACAGAUUGCCAUCCAUCCGACCAAUCUUAGUCUCAGAAACAGCUAA